AUGAUAUUAAAUCAGAUCUCAUAUCUGGAUUGCUUUGCCUUCCUGAUCUUUCUCGCUCCUCAAUUGCUCAUCAGAGUGGGGCUAGUAGAAACAGUUUCCUGUGUCGUUGCUGCGUUGCCCUUCUUUUUGGUUCAAUUGCCAUAUUCAUUCAUCAAAGAACGAUUCUUUAUUCCUUACGAACAAAAGUCUGCUUUCAAUCAACACGCCACUCCCUUCCAGGACUUUGUCAUUCGCUGCGUCCGCUAUGCAUUUGCAAAGAUCCCUGCCAACAUCGGCAAGGUCUUCUUUUCCAAGGGUGUUGCAUUGCCCUUCUUCUGGUUCCGUAUGUUGAGACAUGGAUAUUUCAAAUCUGCUAUUCCAUGGCGUGAGAUCAAGAAACCUGGUCUCCAUGGUAUCUGGAUGAUUUGUGAUGAGAACAAGAAACCAGACAUUGUGAUUUACUAUUGUCAUGGUGGUGGCUUCUCGAUGGGAAGCAGUUUCUUCUACCUCGAAUUCCUCCUCGCUUGGAUCAGCAUCCUCAAAGAAUCGGGCUACUCGAAUCCAGCCCUCUUCGCUCUCGAAUACACUCUAGUCCCGGAGACUACCUACCCAACCCAAGUCCACGAGACGCUGGUCGGCUAUGAAUACGUCCUCUCCAAAAUUUCGGACUCGUCACGCAUCGUCGUGAGCGGUGACUCGGCAGGCGCAACACUAAUGCUCAGUCUCACGCUCUACAUGUCUCAAGAGCCAAAGCUACGUACUCAAUUGCCAGGUCUGGGCGUCAUGAUUUCUCCUUGGGCUGUUAUUGUAUCGCCAAAGAACAAAGACACGCCUAGCGAUUAUCUCAACGCCGACUCUCUGCAUCUCUAUGGCAGCCAAUAUAUUGGUUCCAAGGCCUCUCCUUCCGAUCCAUUGGUCUCGCCUGGUAAAUGCAGGGAUAGGGAAUGGUGGAGGCGAGCUUCGCCUAGCAAAGGUUGGAUGUUCAUCUAUGGUGCUGAAGAGGUAUUCGCACCCGAGACUGUCGACUUGGUGGACUUUUUGAAGGACGAAGUGAACACCGAAGUAAGCGUGCAUGAGGAGAAAGGCUGGAUUCAUGCGUGGCCUGUGGUAAAGCUUUUCCUGUCCGAUGGGCAGAAGGAAAGACAAAGCGGAUUGAGGAGUAUGACAAAGAUUAUUCGGAAUAGACUGAAGUAA